GCUGCCGCAGGCGCGCGCGUUGAGCGCCGAGCAGCCGAUGGAGAUGGCGGCUGAGAUUCUGUGAGCGACCGCCGAGGCCCAGAGCCCGGUCCUGGGAACAAGACGCGCCUGCGUGCUUGCGAAAGCCCGGGCCGGGUCUCCUCCUGUUCCAGAGAGGAAGCCUCAUCCAGGGCCAGGAUGCUUCCCGAUCACCCAUGUGCUGCGAGGUUAAGCUAAUGCCGCAGGAGCCCUGGCCCCUUGGACGGAACCACGCUGCCUGUUGGCAUGAGACUCCUGCCUUCCUGAGGUUGAGAGGGGCGCUGCCAUGGCUUCCCUGGACGAGCCCGGGGAAGUGAGGGAGGGCUUCCUUUGCCCUCUGUGCCUGAAGGACCUGCAGUCUUUCUAUCAGCUUCAGUCACAUUACGAAGAAGAGCACUCGGGAGAAGACCGAGAUGUCAGAGGGCAAAUUAAAAGUCUGAUGCAGAAGGCGAAGAAGGCCAAGAACAAGUUGCUGAAACGCGAAGGGGAUGACCGAGCAGACUCGGGAGCCCAAGGAUAUGAGUCUUUCAGCUACGGAGGCGUCGAUCCUUACAUGUGGGAGCCCCAGGAGCUUGGUGCCGUGCGAAGCCAUCUUUCUGACUUCAAAAAACACCGAGCUGCCAGAAUUGACCACUACGUCGUCGAAGUCAAUAAACUAAUAAUCAGGUUAGAGAAGCUCACCGCAUUCGACAGAAUGAACACCGAGUCUGCCAAGAUUCGAGCAAUAGAGAAGUCUGUGGUGCCUUGGGUCAAUGACCAGGAUGUCCCUUUCUGUCCAGACUGUGGCAAUAAGUUCAGCAUCCGUAACCGCCGCCACCACUGCCGCCUCUGCGGGUCUAUCAUGUGCAAGAAGUGCAUGGAGCUCAUCAGCCUUCCCUUUGCAAACAAGCUCACCAGUGCCAGCAAGGACUCCCUGAGCACCCACACCAGCCCCAGCCAGUCCCCCAACAGCGUGCACGGCUCACGCCGGGGCAGCAUCAGCAGCAUCAGCAGCGUGAGCUCAGUGCUGGACGAGAAGGACGAUGACCGCAUCCGCUGCUGCACGCACUGCAAGGACACGCUGCUCAAGAGGGAGCAGCAGAUCGACGAGAAGGAGCACACGCCCACCAUCGUGAGGCUCUACGAGAAAUUACGACUUUGCAUGGAGAAGGUCGACCAGAAAGCCCCCGAAUACAUCAAGAUGGCAGCGUCCCUGAAUGCUGGGGAGACAACCUACAGCCUGGAACAUGCCAGUGACCUUCGACUCGAAGUGCAAAAAGUAUAUGAGCUAAUAGAUGCUUUAAGUAAGAAGAUUUUAACCUUAGGCUUGAACCAGGACCCUCCACCACACCCGAACACUUUGCGUUUGCAGAGGAUGAUCAGGUGCUCAGCCACGCUUUUUGUGCAGGAGAAGUUGCUGGGCCUGAUGUCACUGCCAACCAAAGAGCAGUUUGAGGAACUGAAAAAGAAAAGGAAGCAGGACCUGGAGAGGAAGAGGACCAUGGAGAGGCAGGCUGCCCUGGAGUCCCAGCGACGGCUUGAGGAAAGGCAGAGUGGCCUGGUGUCUCGAGCGACCAACGGGGAGGUGGCACCCCUCCGCAGGGGCCCCGGCCCCCUGAGGAAGGCUGAGGGCUGGCUCCCGCUCUCAGGGGGCCAGGGACAAAGCGAGGACCCCGACCCGCUCCUGCAGCAGAUCCACAACAUCACGUCGUUCAUCAGGCAGGCCAAGGCCGCGGGCCGCGCCGACGAGGUGCGCACGCUGCAGGAGAACCUGCGGCAGCUGCAGGAUGAGUACGACCAGCAGCAGACGGAGAAGGCCAUCGAGCUGUCCCGGAGGCAGGCCGAGGAGGAGGAGCUGCAGCGGGAGCAGCUGCAGAUGCUCAGAGAGCGGGAGUGGGAGCGCGAGCGGGUCCGGGCGGCGCCGCUGCACUCGCGGACUCGCUCCCUGGACUUCCAGCGGGAGCCCGGCCGCGGGCUGCGCACCCACCUGGCUCAUGCUUUGGAUCUAGGCCCCUCCCCAGCUCAGAGCGGCACGGCCCCCAAGACCCCGUCCCCCAGCCCAGCUCAAGCGUGGUCUGGGCCCCCCGCCCUCGACCAGGAAGGCCCGCCCCAGAGCACUGUCUCUCAGCCUCCCCUGAACCCCUUUGAGGAGGAAGACCGCCCCAGCCCCCCGGGAGAGGGCGCGGUCAGCCCCGCUGCUGCAGAGGCGGCCCCGCUCCCCAAGGAAUACAAUCCUUUCGAGGAGGAGGAGGAAGAGGAGCCCGAGGCUGGGAACCCCUUCACUGGCCCAGACGGCCUGGCGCCCAACCCCUUCGAGGAGGAAGAGGCCCGUCCCUGUCUGAGGCCUGCAAGCCCCCCUGCCCCUGGCAACCCCUUCGAGGAGCCCGCCGGCACCAACCCCUUCGAGGUGGACAGCGACAGUGGCCCGGAGGUGGAGGAGCGCAUCGAGGAGGAGCUGCUCCUGCAGCAGAUCGACAACAUCAAGGCCUACAUCUUCGAUGCCAAGCAGUGCGGCCGCCUGGACGAGGUGGAGGUGCUGACGGAGAACCUGCGGGAGCUGAAGUGCACGCUGGCCAAGCAGAAGGGCGGCCCCGACUGAGCCGUGGGGCGGGGCCUGGGGCCGGAGGGGCGGGGCCUGGGGCGGGGCGGAGCGGGAGGGGAGGAGGCGGGUGCACGCGGUGCCCGCAGCGGGGUGCCAGCCUGCUGUGCUGCGCUGUGCGUGCUGUGCACUCGGGGGUGCCAGCACAGCCGAGUAUCAGGACGGGAGCCACGGUCACUCGUGCCUCGCUGGCUUCCCUGCCUUUUUUUUUUUUUUUUUAAUUGGGGUUUUCCCCUGUGAUAAGGGACUUAACAUUUUUACUACCGAGUUUUAAGUGACACCGCCGUCGUGGGCCAGGGCAGAAAUGGCUACCGUGUCCCUCCUGGGCCCAUUCGCAGCUGCCCAGUCUCAUUAUGCAGUAUUAUGGGGUAGCCUUGUACGGGCCCUUCCUUUAGCGACACGGCUGGAUGGAUCCUGUUGAGGUGUCCUCUGCUCUGGCAGAAGUCGGUCCCCCUUAGGCUCUCUGGGUUCCAUUUCACCUGUGGAUUCCUCUGUGCUGCUCGGGGCCUCCUGUCUGUGCACUGGAGGGCCCAGGACAGCCUGGCAUCCCUUUUUAUGAUGAGUAUCUGUGGCCCUCUCACUUUAACCCAUUAUCUCCCGUCGUCCUGUGUUCAGGACACCUAUAAAGACUUGAGCAGUUUUAUAGGUGUGCUAUAAAAUUUUAUAGAUUUUUUAUGGGUGUUCUGUAUAUAAGGCGAUGACACAUGUGGGUUAAGGAAGCAAAGCUCCCAGUGCUAGAGGGUCGAGGAGAACUUGAUCGUGAGUGCAGUAGGAAGGAGGAGUGGUGGGCUUUCUGGUCUGUUUGGGGAAAUGUUGCUGGGAUGGAAGGAUCAUCUGUGCAGGGAACCCUCCCUCCUGAGCUUUGGCAAAUGGCCCUGAUCGGUGGUCAGGAAGCUUCUGUGGAGCAUCGUCCAGGAGAGGAGAAGCUUCCCUGAGUCAGAAGAGAAACUUCCAGAGCUGCUCCUUCAGCCUUCCUCUCCAUCAGUUCACCCCGCCUGGGGCGCUGGUAAGACAUUUCCUCACCAUUUUAGUAUUGAGAAACUGCAAUGUUGAAGAGGCACAGCCCAGGAUCAUUCCAGCCACGCAUAGUACUUGAACUCCUCAUCAAGGCCAGAGGAGGACUGUGUUCACUCAGCUCUGGUGCUUUGGCUUACAGGAGCAGGACACUUGCUGACCUUGAUAUCAUGAUAUCCCCGAGUGCUCAGCGCCGGGCAGAGCCUCUGCCAUGACACUUGGUAGUUCAUGGACAGUAACUGACCACUAGUCACUUUAUAGCCCUUAGCUAACUCCGGGCCAGGCUUCCCUGGGUCCCGGUGUGAGAGCUGGAACCCACUGUCGCAUUCUGGCGAAGGCCCCUCUAGGUACAGAGUGGCGGGACUCCCGAGAGGUGUGGCUUCUGUGUCGACUCUGCUGCUCGCUCUUCGGCAUCUGCUGGGUCUUUUGGCCACAUGAAGCCCUGUACAGGGGCAGGGAGUGGGGGGCUGUGGGGUGGGGGCCGCUGUGCCUUGGGACCCUGCUCUCCAGGGCGAUGGUGGCUUCCUGACAUCAGCCCUUACCAGGGGCUCUUCUGGGAAGUGUGCAGCUGGCGUCUAAGAUGUCACCUGCUGCAGGCCCCUUUUCUUUUCCAGGGCCCAGGCCCUUGAUGCUGUCACUCUGGGGCUUUGCGGAUGUCAGCAGGCGCCUCCCUCCUGGGUCUGUCAUUCCUGUCUGACUGGGAGGAGGAGGAGGCUCUCUGCACUGAAAGAAGCUACGUGCUGCUUUCUCUCGAAGUUGCUUUUCUUAUGAGAAUGUCUCUUAGCUAGGUGAUGAUUUCAAUGAACACUGAUUCACUAACUGGCCUUCCCUGAGAUCAUCCCCAGGUAGCAAUCUGUAAGUAACUAAGCGCAUCGAGAAACACACAAAAAAUGUUUUUUAAAACUCUAGAAAAAAAUCCAAUUCACUCAAUAUACUAAACCAAACUAAGAUCUGCCCCUCGGGUCUCACAGACUUCUUCCGUGGCUGUAUGCUUCCAGUUAACUCUUCCAGGGCCACGGUCUCCUGGAAAUGAGACCAGACAGGAGCCAGAACGCUCUACCUCCCGGGCUGAAUCCCUUGCCAGAAUUCACGUGGGCAGGGGUGGAUUUCAGAGAUGGGCUGACAUCAGAGAGCUGGCCCAUGAACCGCAAGUCCAAUUUCAAGUUCUUGCCUCCUGCGGCCAUUCCACCCUCCUGCAGCCCUUCAGGGCAAGCAGCUCCGUCUCGUCCUCGAAGUUCUCUCCUAGCGUAGGUCAUGGUUGGAGGUGGAAGAGACUUAGGGGACUCGGCUGUCCAAUGAAGCUGGCUUCCCCCUCGUUCGCCUUGUUCAUAUUUCCCCAUCUAAUACACGAAGGACACUCACUCAUUAUUCUUGCCACUGAUGUAUCUUUGCCGUCCAGAUACUAAAAGGAACCUCCGAGUCAUCGCAAGCCACGUGGAAGGUUGGACAUGGGCAUCAUUAGGUCACGGGGCUUGAAGUGGGAAGCGGGUCUCUUCAUCAGGUCACAGACUGGAGUUAGCGGAGGGUGCUGGUCAUCAGACGAUGUAGCUGCCGGUCGUUACGUGCAUGCGCUACUCUGGGGCCUUGUAUCGGAACCUUUUUUUAAAAAAUAAAAUAACAGAUAUUAAAGGUCGGGUGUGUGUGUGUGUG